AUGACUACCUUUGCAUGCAAGUUGAAAAUGAGCUACAACCUCUUUCUGCUGGCUUUUGUCCUGGGCAUUGGUGGAGGUUUCCAGUAUGGGCUGCAGGUCUCCAUUAUCAAUUCUCCUGCUGAGUACAUCAAGAGUUUCAUCCGUGAGACCUGGCUGAAGAGAUAUGGCUCCUCUCCCAGUGAGGACAUGAUCACUCUGAUGUGGUCCUUCAUUGUGUCCGUUUACAGCAUCGGGGGGCUGCUGGGCUCCUCCUCUGCCGGAUACUUGGCUGUUCGAUUUGGAAGGAAAAAGGCCAUGCUGUUUGCCAAUAUCCCUGCUCUGCUGAGCGCAGCUCUGAUGGGACUCAGCUGGCUGUGCGGGUCUUUUGAGAUGAUCAUCGCUGGAAGGUUGUCUUCCGGAGUGUGUGGAGGUUUAGCUCUGAAUAUCCAUCUCAUGUAUGCUGGGGAAUGUGCCCCACGGAAGCUCCGUGGGCUGAUCGGCAUAACAGCUUCUACUGCCAUUGCCUUUGGGAAAUUUGUAGGAUUUGUUCUGGGUCUCAGAGAAGUUCUGGGCACUGAGGCUCUCUGGCCUCUUCUCAUGGCAGCCAGUACAGUUCCCGCCCUCAUUCAGCUUCUCACCCUCCCCUUCUUCCCAGACUCUCCCCGCUACCUCCUCAUUGACAAAAAGGACAAAGAGGGAUGCAUCAAAGCUGUGAAGCAGCUCUGGGGAGACGGAGACCACAUGGCUGAAAUAGAUGACAUGAUGUCAGAGCAAGAAACCCUCUGUGGGGAGAAGGCCAAGGGUGUUUGUGACCUGCUCCGUGACAAAGCCGUGCGCUGGCAGCUCAUCACUCUCUUCCUCGUGGUCUCGUGCACGCAGCUCAACGGGGCCAACGUGGUUUACUUUUAUGCAUACAGCAUCUUUACAAAAGCUGGAAUCCUCCCUUCUCAAAUCCACUAUGUCUCGCUGGGGCUUGGGAUCACCGAGAUCCUCUCCACAGUUCUGUGUGGCAUCCUCAUUGAGCGUGCAGGGAGGAAGACACUGCUGUGCAAAAACUCUGCUGUGAUGGCCUUGGCUUUGGGGCUCCUCACAGUCACACUCUUCCUACAGGAUUCCUUUUUCUGGGUGCCGUACUGCUCUGUUGCACUCGUCUUUAUUUUCAUCAUGAGCUUUGGUGCUGGGCCAGCUAGUGUGAUAUGUCCCUUGAUCACAGAAAUUUUUAUUCAGUCAUACAGACCAGCUGCUUAUGUCUUUAAUGGUGUCAUAAACUGGAUCCAACUCUUCAUCCUUGGACUUGUCUUCCCUUUCAUUGUGGAAGGCCUUGGUAAUUUCUGUUUCAUCAUUUUCCUGACAUACUGUCUGUCCUUGGCUAUCUUUGUCUACCUGGUGCUGCCAGAAACCAAAGGAAAGACCAUGCUGCAGGUCAUGGAGGAGUUCAACCGCCUGAACUACCGUGGAAAGAAGAGACAGACAGCCCUUCAGCAGAGUAACCGCUCAGUGAUGACUGUUACUCGACUUUAA